UUUUAGUUACCUACAAAUAACAGCAACAACACGACAACUAAUAGAAGACAUGAGUCUACCGUAGUCUACUAUUGUUUCAACAAUGUUUUGACUAUCAUGUAAAUUAAAACAUAAUAAAUACAAUUGAAACUAAAGAAGACAACGGGACCUCUACCUGGCCAUGUCUUUGUUCAGUGGAUCCCAGAAUAUUCUCAUCAAUAACCUACAGGAGGACUCCCCGCAAGAUAACAUCCGAUUGGCCUUGAUCACAUGUCGCCCUAGAUACAGCGCUUUCACCGUGUCGUCCAGUAAUGAACAGCCUUGGGUCAUUUCAGGGUCUCUGUCUGUUAAGUAACUUUUUAGUUAAAUCAUUACUUGCUCCAGACCAGAACUGACAAGACGAAUCCACUCUAAAAACACUGCAACCGAAAGGGGAUCCAGUUGAGAAUUCUUCUCUACGUGCGUAAGCUAAGGUCUUAAGACAUGGCCUACUAUAUUCCAUACCGUCGUGAGUAUGAAUUGUUCAAGUUUGACCCCAUACAGCAUUUCCAGAAGGGUCAGAUUAUCUACACCUACCAACCUGAACCGAUGAAGCCUUUUCCAGAAUUUUCUCAACAUUUCGGGUCAAGGACACCUUUAGAGGAAUGCUCCAUGUUUGAACAGCCUUAUUUCUCAAGCAGGUAUAUCCAGAUGCCUACCAACUACAACACUUUCUUGCCAAGAUGGGUCAAUGCUCGGAUUACCAAAGACAACUUAUCUGUUUGGGCCAAUGCAGGCAUCUAUCACGACAGGGCGUUUGGUGAGUGGCACAACGUCUUUGGGCCGCGCUAUUUGUAUGGGGAGAACAGACGACUGUGAUCUGGUUUUUGAGGCUUCCAUCAAGUCAACGCACCAGACUAGGGAAGUUGUUGCGAAGUUUCAAACAGCCCAGAAUGUACAUGAAAUUGUUUCAUGUUAUCUGCAAGUCAGUUGCUGAGUCAUCAACAUCAAUGAAAGGGACAAACAAAGCAGUUUAAAACAAAAAAAUUUUUUUGAUAUUUUUGUAACUUAAACAAAAAAUGUGUUUAUAUUACCAUCAAGUACACAUUUUUAAUUGCGUUGAUACUUUCAUUCAUCAGAAUAAAAAGUGUAUUAAUUUUUUUCAUCAAAGUAAAUAAAUCCCCCUUGCACUAUACAUCA